AUGAGAGGUUAUCCGAUUCUUCCAGUGAUUGCACUUUCGCUCGUAAUCCCCUUCACCCAUGCCGCUAGCGACUCCCAGACCGUCCUCCAGCAAACGCUUCCAGCUGUUUCAUAUGACUAUAUCAUUGCUGGGGGAGGCGUGAGCGGCCUAGUGGUAGCGAACCGGCUCUCGGAGGAUCCUCAAAAAACGGUACUCGUAAUCGAGCAUGGUUACUUCGACGACCAAGAUCCUGACGUUCUGGUCCCUGGUCUUGCCCGUAUGAAUUUGGGUGUUACCAACGCGAAGCAUAUGUUCAACUACACGACAACUCCGCAGUCCGGAUUGAACAACCGCACAGCUCACAUCUGGGCGGCCACCGUCGUGGGAGGAGGCUCCGCGGUCAAUGGAAUGGUGUUCCCCCGAGGAGCUGCCGCUGACUACGAUGCAUGGGCGCAGUUGGGCAAUCCAGGAUGGUCUUGGGAUGAUAUUCUACCAUACUUUCGUAAGAGCGAGACCUUCACUAUGCCCCCUAAGGGAGUCGCGGAAGAGUUUUCCAUAAAGUACAAUGCUAGUGCGCAUGGAACAGAGGGUCCUAUUUAUUCCAGCUAUCCCAAAUUUCUGUGGCCGUCCAUGAAGAACUUCUUCCGAGCAUGGGAGGAAUUAGAUGUCUCCAUAUCUCAAGAUGGGAAUGACGGAAAUGCAAUCGGGGCUUACUGGAUGCCGAACUCACUGCAUCCUCGAAACCAAUCGCGCUCAUAUGCACGGCCGAGGUAUUAUGACAAUAUACGAAGCCGGUCGAAUUUGCAUCUCGUUACGGGCCAUGUCGUGGAUCGAGUACUUUUCAACGAUGAUCUCAAAGCAGUCGGAGUGAAGGUCAUAUCGAGAGAUGGGUCGUUCGCCGGAGUCGCGUAUGCUACACGCGAAGUGAUACUGGCUUCCGGAACCGUACACUCGCCGGGAAUACUGCAGAGAAGUGGAAUAGGUGCUCGCGAGCAUGUGAACUCACUGGGUAUCGAGACAGUGGUGGAUCUUCCUGGGGUCGGUCAAAACCUGCAAGACCAUCCGGCUCUGCAUUUCGUAUUCGAAUUUCGCGAAGACCUUAAUCCGAAUCCGUUGAUGUUAUCGGACCCGAAGUAUGCCGCCGAGCAGCUGGCAUUGUACUAUAAGAACCGUACGGGCCUGUUCACAAACAAUCGUGGCAUUGCACUUGCAAUGUUACCUCUACGAAACGUCACCACAGAUUAUGAGGCGAUUGUCAGGGAAUUGAAGAAUACCGAUCCUGUGGCGCAUCUACCUCCUGACGUGGAUUCUACGGUGCUGGAAGGGUUCAAAGCGCAACGUGAGAUUCUUAUCGAGCAUCUGGAAUCAUGUCAUGCUUCGGCCAUGGAAAUCACGUACGAGGGACGCGCCGAGUUCGACGCUGCCCUACAGAAGCCUCUCUCGCGCGGAACACUCCUCAUCGAUUCAACGGAUCCAUUAUCUGCCCCACUGAUCGACUAUCGUGUCUAUAGCCAUCCGACGGACAUGCGCGUGGCAAUCGCUGUGGUGCGUGCCGCGCGCUCCUUCAUGCUGUCCGCCGCGAUGCAAAAACUGGGCGCCACGGAAAUCUCUCCCGGGCCCGCAGUGCUCAGCGACGAGGACAUCGAGGCUGCCAUCCAGAGCCGCAUUGGGGAGCCCACGUUUGGGCACAUCAGCGGGACGUGUGCGAUGCAGCCGCGUAGGUUGGGCGGCGUCGUUGAUGAACGGUUGGCUGUGUACGGCGUGAAGGGACUGAGAGUGGUGGAUGCAUCCAUCAUGCCGCUGGUGUCGACUACACAUUUGCAAGCCACCGUAUAUGCAAUCGCGGAGAAGGUGGGCUUAUUCUGA